AUGCACAGCAGCGGCACACCCGCAGUGACUGAAAGGGACCGCUCCCUCGCAAUUGUCACACAGGCUAGAGAACAACAAGGAUGGCUAGAGAAGAACCUCAAACCCAAGAAAAUCACGGCCCGCUACCCAUUCAAAGGAAAAGCCCUGUUGUUUGCAACAUGUGGAUUUGGUAGCUUGGGGGAUACGCUCUUCGGCUACAACUCAGGAUUAAUGUCCGGCUUGUUGGUUAACCCAGUUUUUGUGUCCCGCUUUUUCAAAAACUUCGGAGGAGCGGACGGAAACAUAGAUGCUGUCAACCCUUCGAUCACAGGGAUAUCCGUUGCAUGCCUACAAGCUUCAGCAGCGGUGGGAGCCAUUGUGGCGGGACGACUCGGGGAUGUAAUUGGCCGCAAGAAAUGUGUUCGCAUUGGGGCUUUCAUCUACUUCUUCAGUGCCUUCAUUCAGGUCUUUGCACCGGGAUUCAGUACCUUUGUUGCAGGUCGCACAAUCCAGGGGCUGGGUGUUGGAUUCCUAUCCAUGACUGUGCCAAUUAUUCAAACGGAGAUUGCUGCGCCUAACCAUCGAGGAUUAAUGGUAGGAAUAGAGUACACCUGCCAAAUUGCAGGAUACAUGUUGUCUUGUUGGGUGGACUACGGAUUCUAUUUUGCCCUGCCGAACGACAUAUCAUGGCAAGGCCCAUUGUUCAUACAAAUUAUUCUCUCGUUCAUUCUGCUGGCCAUGUCUUUUUUUCUCCCUGAAACUCCUCGAUGGCUGGCUAUGAAUGGAUUUAGUACGGAGAGCCUACAAACCGUUGCAGACUUGCAUUCCGGCGGUGACACAGAAGCAGAGCACGUCCAAAAAGUGUUCCUAGAGAUCAAAGAGGCAGUUACUUAUGAGACUAAUUUAGGUAAAUGCAAUUGGAGUGAAAUGUUCACACGAUAUCGCAAACGAACGAUCGUUGGGAUUACUGCUCAGAUGUAUGCACAGAUCAACGGAAUCAACAUCAUCUCCUUUUACCUGCCAAGUACCCUCUCGUCCGCCGGCUAUGACGAUGAAAAGUCACUUUUGCUCACCGCUGCCAACGCUCUCCCUUAUACUGCUGCAACAGUUGCGACCUGGUGGCUGGCGGAUCGAUGGGGUCGAAAGCCAUUGCUCAUGAUGGGGGGUCUAGGGAUGGCUCUUCUUCUAAGUAUAGUUUGUGUAUUUACUCAGGCUCAUUUGGACGUGAAAACCAAGGCAGAUGGUCAGUAUGCAUUUGUCAUGCUUUACAACAUCCUCUAUGGAUUCACCUGGGGCCCAAUGCCCUGGCUACUACCCGCCGAGAUCUUCCCGCUCCGGGGCCGUAGCAAAGGUAUGGCUUUAGCUACGGCAAGCAACUGGGUCUUCAAUUUCAUCAUUGGUAUGGUCUCACCAGAUGCUUUCGCGGGAAUCCAUGGAUAUUUUUACCUGGUCAUCGCCGGUUUCUGUCUGUCCUCAGCUGCUCUUACAUACUUCUAUUACGUCGAAACGGCAAAUCAUUCUCUGGAGGAAAUUGCCGUUGCUUUCGGCGAACAGGCUUUUGCAGACUGCGAUACGGAGGUGAUGGAAGUGAUUGCUGAUGAUGCCAACAGCGACAAAGGCCGAGGUUCAGUGUGA